AAGAAGCCAAAUCAAAGGAAGCGCAAGCCAAAUUAUGCGCUCAUUCACAGCAAACCAUUACCGUUGAACACUUUCGCUCUCCCGAGCUUCCACCCUACAAAUCCCAUCUCAUUAUUUCGUGUAGCAUAUGCUAUUCUAUCACAAUUCUUUCGUCCUCCAUCAUCGCAUCCAUCAGCACCAUAUAACAGCUAUUUGUCCCUCGAGACCCGGGCUAUCCAGGUUACAGAUCCACGCCAAGUUCGCGCAUUAUGGGAGAUGGGCUUCUUCGGCAAAGGCACUCUAAGUCGUAGCGAACCGAGCUGGCGAGAUCGAGAAGAGGCUCGGCUCAAAGCGAAAAGAUCUGGAGGUGGUACUGCUGAAGAAGUGACCAACGCGCGACGAGAGAAGCGGAGGGCGUUCAAACUGGAGCGAGCUCGAUUGGAGAGAGAGAAGAUAGAAAUGCAACGACUGGUUGAAGAAGGUCGCCUCGAUCCAUCAGCGCUGAAUCCUGUUCCAGUUAUUGCAGACGAUUCUGCUGCCAACAGCGAAACCAAGGAAGUCACAGAAAACUCUUCGCCAGCCUCGAAAGAACAAGGUGGAACUGUGUCUGAUGCUCAGCCUACAGCGAGCAAUUCAGUCGGACACAUUUGCACAGAAUCUGCCAUCACUUCCGGUGCAGCAGAUCGUCCAGCAAAUGUAGAAAAUCUCGAUCUGGUCGAAUUUGCGGAACAGGAACAUCUUCAACUCACCUUUGAAGAGGCUUUCUUCCUGGCGUAUGGUCUCGGAGUUCUCGCCAUCGAAAUCUCGCCCGAGAGCGCAACAGCGGGCAAGACAUUGCUCGAUACCAGCUCUAAUUCCGCACUGCUUCGCAUUUUCAGCAACUUGACCUCGUUUCCGCCUCGUCCUUUAGCCACCCCUCUCCGACCUGACGACCCCUUUCUUCUCUCAUACGUCGUCUACCACCAUUUCCGGUCCUUGGGUUGGGUGGUCCGCGGAGGUGUCAAAUUCGCUGUCGACUAUAUGUUAUACAACCGUGGCCCGGCAUUUUCCCAUGCUGAAUUCGCCGUCAUCAUUCUGCCAGCCUACUCGCAUGCGUAUUGGAGUACAGAUCAGGGAAAAGCUGAACGGAGCCUAGGACGUGAUGGAGAGGACAGAAGUCGGGAGUGGUGGUGGCUACAUUGUAUCAAUCGAGUUCAAAGUCAGGUCCUGAAAAGCCUGGUCUUGGUCUACGUUGAUGUGCCACCUCCCUCGUCGUUCUUGCGAGAUGCAGCUGGCGAAGUCACAGACCUGGGGGGAAUGCUAAGAUCGUACAAGAUCCGCGAGUUUGUGCUGAAGCGAUGGGUGGCGAACCGGACUCGGAAUUGA